AUGGCGAUGCAGUUGGAUUUAUCUCAGGCUCAAAUCCUGAAGGACGAGACGGGAAGACCUUUCAUUGUCGUCCGAGACCAGGGAAAGAAGAAGAGAACACAUGGUAUAGAGGCUGUCAAGCAACACAUCGUUGCAGCCCGCACGAUUGCAAACAUUGUCAGAACCUCAUUAGGCCCGCGGGGUCUCGACAAGAUCCUCAUAUCUCCAGAUGGGGACAUUCAGAUAUCAAACGAUGGCCGCACAAUCAUGUCAGAGAUGGAAAUAACACAUCCUAUCGCUAAACUCAUGGUCGAACUUUCAAAGUCACAAGAUGAAGAGAUUGGUGAUGGUACAACUGGUGUCGUCGUCCUGGCUGCUGCUCUCCUCGAUCAGGCCGCAGAUCUCAUCGAUAAAGGCAUCCAUCCCAUUCGCAUUGCCGACGGCUUCGACCAGGCUUGCGAGAUUGCUGUCGCACAUCUGGACAAAAUCAGUGAUGAAAUCGCCUUUAGUCGCGAGAAGCAAGAAAAUCUGAUCAAGGUUGCCAAAACCAGUCUCGGGAGCAAAAUUGUCAGCAAGUCCCAUGACCAGUUCGCGAAGAUCGCAGUCGAUGCCGUCAUGUCUGUUGCCGACCUCGAGCGAAAAGAUGUCGAUUUCGAGCUCAUCAAGGUCGACGGCAAAGCAGGUGGUUCAAUCGAGGACUCUUUACUGGUCAAGGGAGUCAUCAUCGACAAAGACUUUUCCCAUCCGCAGAUGCCGAGUGAAGUGAGGGACGCCAAACUGGCCAUCCUGACAUGUGCCUUCGAACCGCCCAAACCAAAGACCAAGCAUAAGCUCGAUAUAUCCACUGUGGAAGAAUUCAGGAAGCUGCAGCAGUACGAAAAGAACAAAUUCGUCGAGAUGAUCGACAUGAUCAAAGCCACAGGGGCCAAUCUUGUGAUUUGUCAAUGGGGUUUCGAUGACGAGGCAAACCACCUCCUUCUUCAAAACAAGCUUCCGGCGGUACGGUGGGUCGGCGGCCCUGAAAUCGAAUUGAUAGCGAUUGCUACCAACGGUCGAAUCGUGCCGCGAUUCGAGGACCUGAGCAGGGAGAAACUAGGCAAGGCUGGCGUGGUCCGAGAAAUGACAUUUGGGACCACUCGAGAAAAGAUGCUGGUCAUCGAAGAGUGCGCCAAUACUCGAGCUGUCACAGUCUUCGUAAGGGGCAGCAACAAGAUGAUCAUCGAUGAGGCGAAGAGAUCCCUUCAUGACGCUCUUUGUGUUGUUCGCAACCUCGUCAGAGACAACAGAGUCGUCUACGGUGGUGGUGCUGCCGAAAUUGCUUGUUCUCUCGCUGUCGAGGAUGCUGCUUCGAAAUCGCCGGGUUUAGAACAGUAUGCCAUGAGAGCGUUUGCCGACGCUUUGGACGCGAUUCCGAUGGCUCUGGCAGAGAAUUCUGGUCUGAGUCCGAUUGAGACGCUGGCCGAAGUGAAGUCGCGGCAGAUCAAGGAACAGAACUCUAGGUUAGGCGUUGAUUGCAUGGGAACUGGAAACAGUGAUAUGCGGGCCAAUUUUGUCAUCGACCCCCUUAUUGGAAAACGAUCGCAGUUGCUCCUUGCAACCCAGCUAUGUCGAAUGGUCCUGAAAAUCAACAACGUGAUUGUGGCGGGCAGCGACGAUAACGACUUCUAG